AUGUCGGUGAUCAGCUCUGGUCCGGUUGAUCCAGUGAUCCGGUUUCUUCUGAUGGGCAGAAAGGGAUCUGGGAAAAGCUCAUCUGGAAACACUAUACUAGGAGAAAAGAGGUUUAAAGUUCACAAACAGAAAAAGAAACAUGAAGCUGAAGUGUGUGAGGGUAAAACUCAGAUCAGAGAGAAGCAGGUGUGUGUGACUGAUUGUCCAGAUCUACUGGAUCCAGAUCUGAAUAAAGAGAAGCUUGAGAAAAUGAAAGAUCAGCUGGUCUCACAAUGUUCAUCAGGUCUCAGUGCAGUUCUACUCACCGUUCCUCUAGAGGAACCUGUGGAAAAUGAGGAAGAGCUCCUGGAUUAUAUCAAGUUUUUAUUAGGCCCUGAAGUUCAGAAGUACAUCAUGAUUCUGUUCACACGUGGAGAUGAACUGGAGGAUGAGACUAUCGAUAAAUAUCUACAAGAUCAUGCAGAUCUGCAGCAACUUGUGACUGAAUGUGGAGGAAAGUUUCACUGUUUCAAUAACAAGAAGAUUGUGGAAGGCGAAGUCUCAGAACUACUGCAGAAGAUUGAAGGAAUGGUGGCAGAGAAUGGUGGCAAAUUGAAGAGGAGUGAUAGCAAAGAGACUAUUAUCAGUUUUUCAGAUAUCGGUCUGGAAGAGAUUGAUGUGAUUCCUGAGAGAAAAGACCAGAUCAGGUUGGUUCUGCUGGGAAAAACUGGAUGUGGGAAAAGUGCCACUGGAAACACCAUCAUCGGCAGAAACGUGUUUGCAUCUUCAGUCUGUUCAAACUCUGUGACGAAUCAGUGUCAUUUAGAAUAUACAGUAAGGUUAAGAAAAGCGAUCUCAGUGAUUGACACUCCUGGACUUUAUGAUACUAAACUCAAUGAAAAUGAGGUUAAAACUGAAAUAGUGAAAUGCAUUACAUAUGCUUCUCCUGGACCACAUGCUUUUAUUAUUGUGAUUAGAGUGGGUCGAUUCACUGAGGAGGAGAAAAACACGAUAGAGAGACUUAAAGAAGUGUUUGGAGAACACAUGGAAAAAUAUUCCAUGAUCAUCUUCACCCACAAAGAUGAGUUAGAAAAAAAAUAUAAAACCAUUGAAGAGUUUCUAAAGGAUUGUGAUCCAAAUCUUAAAGAACUUGUAAACAGUUGUGGAAACAGAUUUGUCUGUGUGGACAAUGAGUCUGCCAGUUACACACAGGUCAAAGAUCUGAUCGGUAAAAUAGAGAAGAUGGUGGCAGAAAAUGGAGGACACUUUAGAAAUGACAUGUUUGAUGAAACGGAGAAAUGUAUUAAGGAGAUUCAGAAGAAUAAUAUUUUUGAGAAAGUGAAGAAAUUCAAACAGAAGCGCAAACAAGUCAAUCAAACAGACUGGCAGAACAUAUUUUGGAGAUUAGCAGAUGAGUCACGGCAGGAAGCGAAACAAUGUUUUUCUGACACGUUCAUGGCAGAACUUCUUAUGUAUCCUAAUGUAAAUAUAUCAGAUAUACGCAGAAAACUGGAGAAUGUGGUGACCCUUGAGGAGAAGGAGAGCACCAUAAAGGAGGCUGAGAGUCAAGGAUUCAGACACGCACAGGCUGUUCAGCUUGCAAUCAAAGCCACACGGGAACUAGCAAAACAGAAAAUGUGUACAGUUCAGUGA